AUGGCCGCUUACGCGAAUUAUCUCCGGAUUGCCCGACUUGGAACCGGUUCUGGUGUAAAUUUGUCGACUUUAAGAUCAAUCGGUUCUCCAAAUCCGACAUUUGACAGGACUCUGUUCGAUCACAACGAGAUUCGUUCGUCGUUAGUGUCAUCUUCUCUGUACAGACGAUCCCACGCCAGAUUCAUAUCUCAACUUGUCAAAACCAAUGGGAAACGUUUGUUUCUCGUCGAUACACUCGCUUUGGUUAGGAGCUUAGAAGCACAAGGCCUGCCUUCGAAACAAGCCGAAGCAAUAACAGGUGCUAUAACUGAAGUUCUGAAUGAUAGUUUGGGGGUUGUGUCUCAAUUGGUUGUUUCCAAGGAAGAGAUGCAGAAAACUGAAAUGACACAGGAAUCAAACUUAUCCAAGUUCAAGAGUGAAAUUAACAAUUCACUGGACCACCAUUUUUCUUUGCUGCAACAUGAGAAUGAGAAACUCCGCAAUGACAUAGAGCGAAUCCGCUCUGAUAUAAGGCACGAGAUCGACAAAGUGACAGCAGGACAACGGUUGGACCUGAAUCUUGAAAAAGGGAGGAUAAGAGAUGAGCUAACAAAUCAAAACGCCGAGACCUCUAACCUUACAAACAAGCUUGACCGAGAGAUUCACACUUUGAGAGCUCAGAUGGAGGGAGCCAAAUACGAGGUGAUAAAGUAUUGUAUCGGUACACUGGUCUCCAUCUCAGCCGUCGGUCUCGCUGUCCUCCGGAUCAUCAUGUGA